UCCAAUUUUCACCCUUAAACAAACUAAUAGUUCCAUAGCCGAAUGAAACGUAUGCCAAGUAAGUAGUAGUAAGCUGGUUAUUUCAUCGAACAGAUGGCGGGCACUCUUGCUUUCGCCGCAAUGGAGACGACGAAGUGCCCUUCUGAAACAGGCAAUCACGACGGCCACGAUCUUCCUGCAUUCCAACUCCUUCUAUCGUGUCCGUUGGGUCUUUCUCCUUCUGAGGUUUCAGUCGUGUUUGAUCAGACUCAUGAUCGGAUUCCCCAUCCGGAUGCCGGAUUAGAAAGUUCAAUUGCAGAGAUAUGGAGCGAGAGAAUUCAGCAAAACCCAUCUCUGUUCAAUGGACUAAAAUUCAGGUACGGCGGCCACUCCCCGUGUAGCGGACUUGAUCCUUCUCAGAAGACUCGCGUAUGCCUUCAACUUGGCUUGACGGAUUACCGGACAUUUGUGGGAACAAAUUUGAAUCCUAUGUGGGAAAGGUUUCUCGUUCCAUCCGAAGACGAUUGGAUAAGGUGUCAACAUACCUCUAAUCCUCUCGGCAAUGGUGCAAUUGUGGAGACAUCUGACGGAGAAAUUGUUUUGCUGCAACGAAGUAAUAACGUCGGCGAAUUUCCUGGCCACUUUGUUUUCCCGGGUGGCCAUCCAGAGCCCCAAGAAGUUGGCGUAGUAAGCCAUCAGAUCGAUGGAGAGUUGACCCACGAGAUGGUCAACAGAAUGGUUUCUCAGGAAAUGUUUGACAGCAUUACUCGUGAAGUCGUUGAAGAAAUCGGUGUUCCUGUUUCUACCCUGGGAAACCCCAUCUUUAUCGGAAUAUCUCAGAGGGUGUUGAAUGUUAGACCGACGGCUUUUUUCUUCAUUAAAUGCAGUCUUCCGUCAAUUGAGAUACAACGACUCUACUGCAAUGCUCAAGAUGGCUAUGAAUCAACCCAUCUUUAUACUAUGCCAAUGAGUAAUUUGGGGAAUAUUACAUCUAAAAUGCCGGGAUGUCAUCAAGGAGGGUUUGCUCUCUAUAAGUUGAUGAUAGACGAUGCGAAGGAGAACUGAAUCGAGAUUCAAGACCGUCCUUUUCGUCUAUGUUUUGCUGGUAAUUUUCGUAUUCAUUUGCCGAAUAAUUUCUUCUAUCUGAAACCAUUUUUAAAAUCCAUUCAUUUCAAAUCGCCGAGUCCGUACGGUAUAUUUUAAACUGCUGUACUUUGAGCUAUUUCUCGAGUCGAAAUAUUGUUUCGAAUUUAUUUAUGUGAAAUUAUUUAAACUUUUUUCG